UUCCGCACCUUUCGGCCCGUGACGGCGGCCGGCCGCCUCCUCGGGGCCGGGCCAUGGGCGGGGACGGUGGCCCGGGGGUUAAAGGGAGGCUCGCACGCAGCCCGGCUGCCUGUGCCGGUGCGGCCGCGUCCCCGCAGCCCGGUGUUAGGGGAGCCGGUGGAUGGCGGCCCGGAGCCUUAAGGUUAAGAAUAUUAUGAUUCCUGCUGGAUGAGGUGGUGCACGCUUUUAAUCUCAGCAUCCAGGAGGCAGAGGCAGGUGGAUCUCUGUGAGUUCGAGGUUAGAAGAGCCUCUUGACCAAAGACCUGCCCCAGACAGAAAAUCAAACAGGCUCAGGAAAACAGGAAGUGAGAAGGCGGGACGCUGCAUUGAGGACCAGUCCACCAACUGUUUGACUUGCUCAGGGAAGUAAACCAUCUGUCUCCAGAAAUGUCUUCAGAAAACAAAGAGCAGCAUGACCUUCCACCGAGGGACUUCCCUGAAGAAGCCUUCAGCCUCCCAGAUGAGGUCCCCCUGGAGGCUCAAAGGGGAGCGAGCACCGACCUCAAGCAGUUUGAGACCAAUGAUCGAUGCAGACCUUAUCGUAGGAUCCACCUGGAACCUCAGGAGAAACCAGAUACUAACAUCCAAAAAGCCGUCAUCAGAAAGCUACACAAGAGUUGCCAGUGUAGCCCAGCCAAAGUCAGAAGUAUGGUUUUUGAUUUCUUUCCUGUCUUGCGGUGGCUCCCAAAAUACGAUGUGAAGAAGAACAUUUUAGGUGAUGUGAUGUCUGGCCUGAUUGUGGGCAUACUUUUGGUGCCCCAGUCUAUUGCUUACUCGCUGUUGGCUGGCCAGCAGCCUAUCUAUGGUCUGUAUACAUCGUUUUUUGCCAGCAUCAUUUAUUGCCUGUUUGGUACCUCUCGCCACAUCUCUGUGGGCAUUUUUGGAAUACUGUGCCUUAUGAUCGGUGAGGUAGUUGACCGAGAACUACAUAAAGCCUGCCCUGACGCGGCUGCUACAUCUUCUUCGUUAGCAGUGGUUUCAAAUGGGUCCCUGUUAGUAAACCAUACAUUAGAUGAACUUUGUAACAAAAGUUAUUAUGCAAUUAAAAUUGGCAGCACUGUGACCUUCAUGGCUGGAGUUUAUCAGGUAGCCAUGGGCUUCUUCCAAGUGGGCUUCAUCUCUGUCUACCUCUCAGACGCCCUGCUGAGUGGGUUUGUCACCGGGGCCUCGGUCACCAUCCUCACGUCUCAGGCCAAGUACCUCCUGGGGCUGAGCCUUCCUCGGAGCAACGGCGUGGGCUCAGUCAUCACUACCUGGAUCCACAUCUUCAGGAAUAUCCAUAAGACCAAUAUCUGUGAUCUCAUCACCAGCCUGCUGUGUCUCCUGGUCCUUUUGCCGACCAAAGAACUUAACGAGCGCUUCAAGUCCAAGCUCAAGGCACCGAUUCCGACCGAACUCAUUGUCGUGGUGGCGGCCACGUUAGCGUCUCAUUUUGGAAAACUAAACGAGAACUACAACUCCAGUAUUGCCGGACAAAUCCCCACUGGGUUUAUGCCGCCCAAAGCCCCAGACUGGAGCCUGAUUCCUAACGUGGCGGUCGAUGCCAUCGCUAUCUCUAUCAUUGGCUUUGCUAUCACCGUGUCGCUUUCUGAGAUGUUUGCCAAGAAACAUGGCUACACGGUCAAAGCAAAUCAAGAGAUGUACGCCAUCGGCUUCUGCAACAUCAUACCCUCCUUCUUCCACUGCAUUACCACCAGUGCGGCGCUUGCCAAGACACUGGUUAAGGAAUCCACAGGCUGCCAGUCCCAGCUGUCGGCUAUCGUGACGGCCCUUGUUCUUCUGUUGGUCCUUCUGGUAAUAGCUCCUUUAUUCUACUCCCUUCAAAAGUGUGUCCUUGGCGUGAUCACUAUUGUAAACCUCCGGGGCGCCCUUCUUAAAUUCAGAGACCUGCCCAAGAUGUGGAGGGUUAACAGAAUGGACACAGUCAUCUGGUUUGUUACUAUGCUGGCCUCUGCUCUGCUAAGCACUGAAAUAGGCCUGCUUGUCGGGGUUUGUUUUUCUAUGUUUUGUGUCAUCCUCCGCACUCAGAAGCCAAAGGUUUCACUGCUUGGUUUGGAAGAAGAGUCUGAAACCUUUGAAUCCAUUUCUGCCUACAAGAACCUUCAGACCAAGCCGGGCAUCAAGGUUUUCCGCUUCAUAGCCCCUCUCUACUACAUAAACAAAGAAUGCUUUAAAUCAGCUUUGUACAAGAAAACGCUAAACCCAGUCUUGGUACAGGCAGCUUGGAAGAAGGCAGCCAAGAGGAAACUCAAGGAGGAAACAGUGAUUUUCACUGGGAUCCAGGAUGAGGUUUCAGUGCAGCUUUCCCAUGACCCCUUGGAGCUGCAUACCAUCGUGAUUGACUGCAGCGCAAUACAGUUCUUAGAUACUGCAGGGAUCCACACGCUGAAAGAAGUUCGCAGGGAUUAUGAAGCCGUUGGUGUCCAGGUUUUACUGGCUCAGUGCAAUCCUUCUGUGAGGGAUUCCUUGACCAGAGGAGAAUACUGCAAAAAGGAAGAAGAAAAUCUUCUCUUCUAUAGUUUGUCUGAAGCGGUGGCUUUUGCGGUGGCCUCUCAGAAGCAGAAAGGAGUGUGUGUUCUCAAUGGUCUGAGUCUCUCUGGUGACUGAGGAAGCAAAUAAGAAGAGUGUCCUGCCAUUUCACCAUGCAACAUUUUCUCCUGGGAAAGGAGAAAGUGGUGCACUCUUGGGAUCGUUCUCCUUUGAAGCUAAAAAGCCUUUUGAUAUUCUCACGUGCACGAGAGCUUUUAGUAGGGUGGAAUCGAAAAGAAGAAAAUGCUGUGGCUUCAGACUUUCAUGCAGAUAAGCACUCUUGGGGUACAGUAUAAACGAAAUGGGACUGUAAAGCAGCUCCCAAACUUGAUCGCUUUACUUUAGGGGCUGUCUAUCAGAACUCUGUCCUCCAGGAGACAGAGAGGUGACGUUGGGGUUUGCUGUACACACACUGGAGCCUUUGCAUGGCCCUGCGGAGAGGGGAAGAAAGGCAGCAUUGUUGGGCCGGAGCUGGUGAGGCACUAGGGCCUAACUAGAUGAGUUCUGUUCUCACUGGCGGUUCUCUGUGCUUUGCUCCCAGACAGCAGAGUAAGAUCUCUGGCUGGUAGUUGGAAAUACCGUUUUUCCUCUCCUUCAUGCAGGAGCUGUGGCAUGGUCUCCUAAGAGCAUCUGGCCCUGCAGCCAGCCUGACACUGUACAAAACCCCUGUUGUAAUAUUUAUUUAGAAUAAGUAGGUAAGGAAAGAGUUCGGAAUCAGGAAGACAGUGAGAGUCUUUGUUCUUCAUCUUUAUCUUUGUUUCUGAGACUGUCUGCUAGUGAGCUCUGUUCCCCCUUUGACUCAGCCUGCUGUUUUCUCCUGGAAUCUGCCUUAAGUUGGUAUUUCUGAAUCAGUCUAGUCAGACAAAGCCGAAAAUUUAUUUGCUCAGCAGCUUCUUGUAGCACUAUAAAUGGACUUGUGGUGCAUAUUCAAGGAGAGAUUAAAAAAAAAAAAAAAAAAAAAAAAGAAUGACAGUUCCUCUUAAGAAAUGCCACCACCACAACCAACCCACCACUGGCAUUUUAGCAAGGAUCUGCUGGGCAUUAGUAGUCUUACUUAAAUAGAAGUGGCUGCUUGUAGAAGACUCUAGAGGCGAUAGAGUGCUUCCUAAUUAUGUCCAUAAUUACUUUGCAGAUGUUGUGAAAACAGUGUUGAUGUUUACUGCCACGUACCCUGUUGGUAUACGAUAAAUACUGAUGUCAGUAGCCAGUUUUAACUUGUAUGCAAGAGGACUUGGAACUUUCCCAGAACCCUAGUUUUACUGGUGUGUCAUUCUUGGUAGCUGGCUCUAGGUUAUGAACUCAGUAGUUUCUUCAGCACUUUUGACAGGUGAGAAAAGAAGUUCACCCAAGUGAGGCAUAGAGCACUAACCUACCAGAGAUUAAAAGACUUACCAAGUCAUUCAAGUAACGAUUGCCAAAGUACAAAAUAAUUUUUAGCCUGUUCUUAUAGGCAAAACAAUUUCAAAUAGUUAUGGGAAGGAAACUCUAUGUAGCAAACCUACUGAGGUAGAAUGCUUUUAAACAUCACACACCACACAAAUACACACAUACACAUACACACACACACACACUCCAAAAACCGACCCUGUUGUUUUUCUAUUGGUGUUACAGUCCCGUUUGCUUAUGUAAGAAAUACCUUUCUGUGAUCCCAGUGGAAGUUUCAGAGUAGAAAACGUGGCUGUCUUCCGGGUGAUAAUGUUGAUAACAACCACACUGCUGUGGUUUGACAAUCCCCCGUGAACUCUGCCCAAGAAUUUCAGAAAUGUUACCUGCUGCUUGCUUGUUCUUUUGUUUGACUUUCUAGCUUUAUGAAUAAUUGUAAGAGCACAGUAUCCUGGUCAUUUUUUUUUUUAAAUCCCACUUGCCCUUUCCUCCAGCCAGGUUGGAAUUAAGACUGUUACAGAUGUUUAAUACUCAGUGAGAGACUGGCAGGUACAUGUUAGUGGCAGCUGGAGGGAUGCUCAGUAGUUCAAAGUACUUGCUACUCUUAGAGGACCCAAGUUCGGUUCCCAGAACUCAUAUUAGGCAGCUCACAGUUACCUGUAACUCAAGCUCCAGGGGAUCUAACCCUCUCUUGACUCCCGUGGGACACACACACACACACACACACACACACACACACUUUUUUUUAAAGCACAUGUUUAAGAUAACUCUAUAAUCUAUUCAACACCAGCAUGGAAGAAUUUUAGUUCAGUGUUUGGAAAGUACCUGCCCUCUGCUUGACAGGUAAGUUUAUAGUAUGGCUUUAAUAGGUUCUGGAGCUUUAUACAUGCAUUAGCAAUUCUUGAGUUAUGUUAUGGUUUGUGUUUGUCCCACAAAAGCCAACAGGAUUCUGCUUUUAAUAGCCAUUUGUUAAACAUGGUUGCACCCGAAUCUGUUGCAGCCGUCUUCUUUGGGUUGAGAUCUUCCUAACAUCAAACAUUAAAAUUGAUUUGAUUGCUGAUAAUUGGAGGAAUCAAAUAUAGAACCAAAGCCUAAUUUACCACCACCACCAGCAGCAACAAUAAAAACUAUUUUAAUUUGCUUUUUGAAUCUUUAAACAUAUUCAUAAACGUUAUCUUGUUGACUCAGAACAUUAGUGUGUAAAAUAUUUUCUGACUGUUUACAAAGAUGUAAAACCCUGAAUGUUGUUAAAUGGCUGUCAUUUAAUUGAAAUACAGUGUGUGUGUGUGUGUGUGUGUGUGUGUGUGUGUGUGUGUGUGUGUGUGUGUGAUGACAAGGCCUUCUGUAGCACAGGCUGACCUCAAACAUGCCAGGUAGCUGAGGGUGCUUGUGAGCUUUUGGUCCUGCCUCCACCUCCAGGUGCUGGAGCGACAGGUGCAUAGGGAUGGGGUAUGCUAGUGCACACGCAGACCUGCUACACAGAGAACACAGUUCCGGGGAGUGAAAGGAUAGAGCGCUGAAAACUGUAUCUGACCAGAAAUAAAGAGACCUGGCUGGACAGGGUCCACGUCCUUGGGAAAUGCCACAGUAAGAUCAGGAUUCAGAAGCGCACCUCUAAGAGCAAAGUUAGAAAGAGGUUCUGUUUCUAGAAGGGGAGAGGCACAGACUCACCAGAGCCCCAAAGAGCUAAGAAGCAUUUUCUCGGGUUGUAGGCAGAGGUGGGUGGGCCUAGAGUACUGUCUUCCCUGUGAGCUGAAUAGCUGUAGUGCUGUGUCUCAGCUAGGGUAGGACUGGCAGGAGCCUAGUUAAUUUUAAGCUGGGUCAAUGGAACAGAUAUAAUUUAUAUAAACGUUUCCAGCAUAGCAAAUGGUGAACUUGGGAGACUACACAGAGAUGCUAGAUGAGUUCAUCAGACUAAGUUCCACCUACCUGCUAGCACAAACGGUGAUCCUCUUACAGGGCUGUUCCUGGCAGUUUGACAUUGAAGAACACAUUGCCAGGGUUAACCCCAGCCUGCAAGUACAAAGAGGAAUGCAGUAGGUUUGGGGACUAAUGUUGAGUCUCUUCAUUUACAGUGGUGGACUCUGGCUCCUGUUAAUAUCCUUACUGAAGCUUUUCUUGUGAGUACUGACAGAGAUGAGCUGAAGGCUCUCUGCAGGAAGUAAAUGCUUCUUCAGAGAUCCCCAAAUAUCUGGAAGGCAGGCAUCCCUGGGGGGACUUAGAGAAUGCUUUGUGGAGAGUGCUUGAGAGGAAAUUCUGCUGCGGCUGGAGUGGAGGCGGUGCCCCCGCCCCCACCCCACCCCACCCCCUGCUCCCCAUCCCAGUGUGUUCAGGAAACAGUCUGGAGAAAAGUGGACUUCUCCAGCUGACAAGCUUUACACGUUUGCCCACUCUUGAUUUUGUGUGUUCUUCCCCUCUUGGAAUCUUUUCUUAAUUCUAGUGAUACUUUAACUUGAAGUUGGGCUUUAAAUGAAAUUGCAGAAAGGAUGAAAUGCUACUUACAAAGCUCUUAGACUCUGUGGGCAUGGUAACCUGUGAGGCACUUGAAGGCUGAGGCAGGAGGAUUGAGUCUUCGAGGCCAGCCUGAGAUACUUGGUGAGACCUUGCCAAAAGAAGAGAAAGGAAAACUAGCUAGCUAUUGGAGACUCUUUGUCCAACCCUUUUUUGCAUAAAAAUUUUUAGAUAAUCAUGGAUGAUAAGUUUGGGUGCUAAGUUUAAGCAUGAAAAUUAUAAUGAAACAGGAUAAAACAGUACACCAGCUGGCUUUCUUAUAGACUUUAUCAUACAGUAAAAUACAACUGAAUUAUUUUGAGUUAAGUAAAAAUAAGUUUUUUUUUAAAAUAGUAACUUAGAAAUGGAGGCUUUGAUGUAGAAGGGGGCAUUUUUAAUAAGGUAAUUUUUAUCAUGGUAAGAACUAUUUUUGUACUAAAAGUAUUUUGCAACUGAAAUUUAAAAAUAAACCUGUUAAAUACAAUUAGAAAGUCAAAGAAACAUUAUACUAGUAGUGUUUUUAGUAUGUACUUUGUACCUUAUGGCUUAGUUUAAAAUAAGAAUGUAUUGAAGGCAGCAGACUGAGCAGGGAGGGCAUCAAAGCUUUCAUUGGAGACACUGUAAGUCUGUUGUAGCUGCUGGGUUACAAAGGGUUUUCCUUUGAAACUUGAAUAAACGUAUUUUGAGGGUGAGCCUACACCCUCUGUGCCUUAUCCCUAGGAGGAAACACGGAAUCAAACAGCUCUUUCUUUUUCAGUGCAAAUCAUUUGAGAAACGGGGAUCUGAGUCCCGAUGUCGCCAUGGCUUCCGUGUCUUAGGAGUGAGUGUGAAUAUACCUACACAGCCUGCUUCCUCACUUUGUACCAUUGUAUACAUGUGCAGACAAUAUGGAGACAGAUAAAUGAACUUGAAUUCCCAGUCUUUACCAAAAAAAUGUUUAGCUGUCACCAUCCUUUGCCAUUAGAGACAUAUUUUAUAGUAGGCUUUUUUAAUUCAAGUAAGUGCCUUGAUGCUGUUCCUCAUAAAUCAUUGCUCAGCCAUCCUUCAGAACAAAAUAAGGUAUUUCCUGUUGAGGGGAGGGGUCGUUAAUCAUUUUCUUCUGGAAGAAUGUGUUUGAAUUGCUUAUUUUGUAAGGUCCUCUAUGUGUUUGAGAUCCAUUUCUUUUGUUAAUAAAAUGUUACUGUAAUAAAA